AUGCCUAUGAUUCAGGUCACAAAUGAUCUCAUGGUGGCUGCCAUUGACAAGGGUCAAGUCAAUGCAACCAGCAGCACCAUUCCAAAGCCUUUAACCGUGGUGAGCUUUCUUAGGAAAGAAGAGGGGCAGAGGAGACAAGAGAUUCUAGGGAGCAAGAAAAGUGUUGAGUCUACUUGGCCGAGUACUGAAGAAGAUCGACAACGAUUGUGCGGAUGUCAUUCUGAUAGCACCUUUGUGGACCACACAAUUCUGGUUCACCAGAAUCCUGGAACUGUUGAUAGACUGUCCCAGACUCCUACCCAAGAGCAAGAAACUCCUGACUCUCACUCAUCUACCCAACAAGAUUCAUCCGCUGUGGAACAAACUUCGGCUGACAGCCUUCAAGCUGUCAGGAGAUCACUCCAAAGUCAAGGCUUAUCGACAGAUGCUGUCAACAUCAUAUUGCAAUCAUGGAGAGGUUCCACAAAGAAACAGUACAAGUCAUAUCACAAAAGAUGGAUGCAGUUUUGUGCUAAGGAACACUGCAAUACCGUUUCACCAACUAUCAGCCAGGUUUUGAAUUUCUUAACUGAGCUCUACCACAGUGGGCUUGGAUAUUCAGCGUUAAACACAGCCAGAUCUGCUCUGUCUACCUUUGUGUUGGUUGACGGAGUAGCAGUUAAGGCAACAUCACCUAGUCAAGAGACUAUUGAAAGGAAUAUUCAAUUUGAGACCUGCUUUGCCCAGAUAUGGGGUGACCUGGGAUGUGUCUAA